GUUUUCGUGUAGGGAACAGAGACCAAUAUGGCGGACUCGGAAGGAAGGAAGUGAAUACGAGGGAAUAGAUUAUCGACCUUUUUCCCCGUUGUGUCAACCAUAUGAAUUUAAGUAUUUCCUCAAAAUUUACUACCUACUACUUAUCUACAAUGACGUGAAGUGGUGCAGACGCCAUGCUAGGAGAAGGGGGCUAGGGAGUUGAAAACUCGGAGAUGGGAGCCCAACAAGGGAAAUCUGAAGGACCCAAAGCAGCCAAGUCCAAGACAAAGAAGGACCCGCCCCCGGCUAAGAUUCCACAAGGAAACUUUUAUCCUUCUGACCAGCCUGAUACACCAAUUGUGACUAACCGCCCUCUACCUCCAUCUCCACUCGGCGAUUUCCUGAACACAAAAUGGAUGUCAAAGGAGAACUUACUGGCACAAAACGAGGAUGAUCCCAAUUUGUUUGUGGCCUUGUAUGACUUCCAGUCAGGGGGAGAUAACCAGCUCAGCAUUAUCAAAGGGGAACAAAUCACAAUCCUGGGGUAUAACAAGGGCGGGGAAUGGUGUGAAGUCAAGAACAAAGCUGGAGAGAUUGGCUGGGUGCCAAGCAACUACAUUGCCCCCGUCAACAGCUUGGACAAGUUUUCGUGGUACCAUGGACAGAUUUCCAGAAAUGCCUCGGAGUAUCUUCUCAGCAGUGGAAUCAAUGGCAGCUUCCUUGUUAGGGAAAGUGAAAGUAGCCCAGGUCAAAGGUCAAUCUCGGUACGAUUUGAGGGGCGUGUCUACCACUACAGAAUUAGUGAUGACGCUGAUGGAAAGGUGUAUGUGACAGCGGAGCACAGAUUUAACACGCUAGCUGAGCUUGUCCACCACCAUUCGAUCCACUCCGAUGGUUUGGUCACCACCUUGCUGUACCCAGCCCCAAAGCGCCAGAAACCCACAGUGUUUGGACUCAGUCCGGAGCCAGAUAGGUGGGAAAUCGAGAGAACGGAGAUCGCCAUGAAGCACAGACUAGGUGGCGGUCAGUAUGGCGAUGUGUAUGAGGCAAUAUGGAAGCGCUACAAUAAAACCGUAGCUGUCAAAACUCUGAAAGAAGAUACCAUGGCUUUGAAAGACUUCCUAGAGGAGGCCUGCAUAAUGAAGGAAAUGAAACACCCCAAUCUAGUCCAAUUAUUGGGUGUGUGCACACGAGAGCCGCCUUUCUACAUUGUAACAGAGUUCAUGGCUCAAGGGAACCUGUUGGAUUUUCUGCGUAGUACCUCGAAAGAUGACAUCAGCGCCACGGUACUGAUGUACAUGGCAACACAGAUAGCUUCAGGAAUGGCGUAUCUCGAAGCCCGAAACUUCAUACACAGAGAUCUCGCUGCCAGGAACUGUCUGGUGGGGCCGGACCACCUGGUGAAGGUGGCAGACUUUGGUUUGGCUCGCUUGAUGAAGGACGAUACCUACACUGCUCAUGCCGGGGCAAAGUUUCCCAUCAAAUGGACCGCCCCCGAGGGCCUAGCCUUCAAUAGGUUCUCCACAAAGUCUGAUGUUUGGGCGUUUGGGGUACUGCUGUGGGAACUGGCUACCUACGGAAUGUCACCGUACCCGGGGGUGGAGCUUACAGAGGUAUACCAUCUGCUGGAGAGACAGUACAGAAUGGACCGCCCAGCGGGGUGUCCCGCCAACGUGUACGAACUCAUGAUGAGAUGCUGGCAAUGGGACCCCAAAGACAGACCGACCUUUCAAGAGAUCCACAACUCUUUGGAGCACAUGUUUGACAAAUCAAGUCUGAAUGAAGAAAUUGAGAAAGAAUUGGAGAAAACAGACUCGAAGAAGAUUCCAAUUCUUCAGUCAUCCAAGAAAAGAAAUGUAUCUGAUGGUGAUCACAUGACGGAUGGUGGGCAGAUGAGUGCUGGUUCCACACCUCUAGCGGGGAGAAAAGUCCUGCCCUCCAGAAAUUCUGAUGAAUCUCUGAGACAAGUAUCUGCCGUUUUGUCUAACAAAGCUAAGAAGAAAGGUGGUGCCGCACCUCCACCCCCUCGCAGAACCACUUCCUGCAAGGAGCAAGAAAGUGCAAACCUAGAAAAUGAACUGAAAGCCAAGAUGAAACUUCAAAAGGCCAAAAUUGAGAGUUCUAGCAAAGCUGAAUUUUUUGGUGACAAUGACUUGGACCAGUCUACAGCUAGUGAUUUUGGACCAACAAUAACUUUGCAGCCUUCAAAGCGAUUGGAGUUAGGAUCACCUAAAACGUUCCAGAGGAUGGAUUCUAAAGAAGGAAUAAGAACAUCGGAGGAUGGAAGCAUAGGCCAAAAUAGCUCAGACAGUAUAAAGCGAGCGCCAAUUGAUAAAUCAAAAUACAUGAUUAAUGUUGAUAGUGCCACAAAAUCCCCUUCAUUUGAACAGGGAGAUAAAAACACAGGCAGGAAAUUUUCUAUUCCUUAUCAUCGAGAAUUAAGAUUAGCUUCAGAUGUUGAAAACACUAGAAAAUCAGACAAAGAGACAAACACUAGUUUCAUGGAGGACAGCAAAGAUUUUGGACAGGUUCAAGUGAAAGGUCGAACUUACCCCAAGAAAGCAUUACCUCUUCCCUCCCACGCUCUCCAGAGGAAAAAGAUUGGGGAGCCGUUCAGGAGGGGAGAUUCUGAAAAGUCCAACACAAUGGUGGCCAGAAGUCUGGACGCCGAGUCUGAUCAGGUCACCAUUGGGCGCUUAGAUGUGAACAAUGUUACUAAAGCUAUUAGUCGCUAUGGGACCAUUCCCAAAGGCAGGAGAAUUGAGGCUUACCUUGCCUCUAUGCAGAGUGGUGUGGAGCAGCAACGAGUGGAUAACCUUCCCACGGUGGAAGAUCAUGAUUCUGGUACAGACACUGCAAGCAUUGCUUCCUGUCCAGUGUUGUUACCUGAAAACGAGAACGGAGGUGACCAGUGGAGACAAAACCAGAAUGUGGUACCUCCAGACUCAAUGGAAGGAAUCAAACCGGAACCCAAUGUAAAACCGUCUGCUGUUGUCAAAUCACAGUCUCACCAUGUGAUAGCCGAGAAUCAAAAUUCUCAUUUUAACUCCUUACUUCAUAGACAGAAAUCAGAUUUGACCCAUGCAGGGGGUGCUUUAGACUCUUUUUCUCGGCAGUAUCCUGAUCCCGCUCAGAAACCUAAACCUAGUCCACGAUUAUCCAGAAUGUUUACUGAGCCAGCUGAUCAAGACAGCCACCAUGAUAAAAGUGUGGACCAAAUGCCCCCUUCCUCCAUGUCUCAGAGUAUGUACAAAUCUCUUCCUAGUUACUCUGUAGACAAAACAGGGGACAACGUAUUCACCCCCAAGCUUCCUUCUGAAAUUAAAGCACAGUCCGAUUUCAAUUCACCAGCCAUGAGACCACAUCUUGCUCAAAAAAUGAGGUCCUCGUCUAUUGGUGAUUAUCCGUACACUGAGGAGUCGACCGAGAAGGAGGAUAAACAGAGUGCUUCAGUCUUAUCGAAAGUCGCAAUGUUUCAGUCUGCAGGACCAGACUUUUCACAAUUUAAACCGUUUUCUCGAGGGGAGCAGGACAGGAAUUCCAUGAGAGAGGGGAAAACCAGCAACCUGGAGGACCUUAUAGCUAGCAAGCCUGUAUUACCAAAACCACUCCCUCACAGCAUCGGGAUGCAGCAGUCGUUUAUGUCGAAAUCUACAUUUGAUUCCUUAGAACCUGUGCAUGAAAAUUAUCCAGGAGGGAAUUCUGAUUCCGAAGUUCCUAGUGUGUCUCGUGACAGUAUUUUAAAUUUGUCGUCUGACGUUUUAUCUUCCCUGGAGAACUUAACCAGUACAGGAAAUAAAAACAGUGCGAACUUUAUGAUUCUGUAUGAAAAAGUCCUACAGUUUCACGACCUAUGUUCUCAGUUCUUCGAUUCCAUGCCACCACAUGCAAAAUUUCACGCAAAGGAAUUAUUAUCACGCUUGCUAACUUACAGUGAAAGUGUGAAAACAGUUUGUAGUUCCAAUCCUUCUGUUGGCAUGAAAAUCAUUAAUGAUGUCCAUGCAUCUGUCCAAGAAAUUGUGGAUCUGAUAAGAAAGUGAUGCUUUUUUUAGCUUGCAUGUAAAUCCAAUUUUUAUUUUCAUCAGGUUGUAUUAUUGGGGACAUGUGUUAAUGUUCUGUGUAUACUAUGUAUUGAAACUUUUAAAAAGCUUAUUAAUUUCUUACGUACAAGUAUUGCGUAAACCAUACAAAUCUGGGUAUUUUAUUUUUAUUCCAAAUGGCAUUAUUUUUCCACAGCAUUGCCAGCAUGUUCUACACACGGUUGUAAGUCGCUUUAUCAUGACUACUGAUGGUUGUCCAAAAGUUAUGUCCCUUUGAUGUUCCAAUAUGAUCUUCAAAUAACCAAGGUGUCAUAUAAUUUGUGUGAACUUCAUUUUAUCAUCAGUUGUAGCAUUUUCAUCUUUAAGUUUAUCGGUUUCAGCUCUGUAGAUAGGUCAUCUAUGUAUAGGAUUGUACUGAUCGUGUUACCUUGAGGGGUUUUUAUGUACAGUCUGUUGACUGGUCUUGUCCUACUGCAAUAUUAUCAGUUCUUUUCAAACAUAUACAGGAUGGCACAAAAAUCAAUUUUCACAUUUCCUCUUUAUCAGAUGUAUUUCAAAUGAAUCAUAAUUUAUUUCGCCUACUUAAAAAACAGAAAUCCUUCCAUUUAAUUUAUCAAAUGUUGCUCUAUAACAAUCCCUUUUGGAAAGUGGGUACAUGUAUUUCAUAUGAAUAAAAACUUAAAAUGUGUGUGCUUAGUAGCAAUUUUUCAUUUAACCAAAAAAUCAAUCUCAGAUUUCAAAAGUAAUAGAAUUCAAUAUUAUAAUUUCUGACAUCUGUUUAAAUUUUCUCUCUGUGAUAUUGUAUACAAAUUGUACCUUUUUUAAUCUAAAGUUUGCAUCGUAGAGCCGUUUUACACAAUUUUGAAAAGUCACAAGUGUAAAUAUUUGAGGGAAUACACCUGAUUACUGUAGUGUAUCCAUAGGUCUGGAGCUAGUGUGUACAACAGAGAGAAUGGUGAGGUGAAUAAGUUAUUGAGAACAAACUGUUGUAACUCUGUGAAUGAUUGUGAACUUCUGUGUUCUGUUCAGCCAUGUCCAGAAAGCUUUAUUUAAACUUCCUUUAAUACUCAAGGUACCAUAAUUGUAAAUGAAUCUUUUCAAUGAAAAUACAUUUUUAUAAGUGAU